AGAUGCCACUUGUUACUGUCUGCACAGGCACUAACUCCAGCUGCUGCUGCUCAGGGGAACAGGCCAGGGACAGUCUCAGUGUCACCUGGAGUGUCACAAGUGCCAGGCUGGGCCUGUUGGACCUACUGAAUCAGCUUGCUUUGUUAACACUGACCUAGAGUUGUGCCAGGCCACGUCGAAAGAAAGAUCAGCCAGCCAUUCUUUUAGGAGCUGCAGUGUGGCUUGGUGAUAAAGUAUACCUAAGGUUCUGUUCAGUUCCUAGCACUACGAGAAAGCCAUGACAUCAAGGACAGAUUCCUGGGAAGGAUUUAUGAGCUGAUCUUAGAGGCCAGGGAGGUCAGAACAAAGCUUGGUGUUUGUGGAAUGUGUCCUGGCCAGUCCUGCCCAUGAUUACCAGGCAGGCAGGCAAUUAGAAGCCAAGUGCCAUGGGUACCCAAUGACAGAUCCCUCAACCCCUAAACCUUCCCGCAAACACGCCGGCUCCCACAUGAUGGCACUGGGACCCUCAAGAUGUAUGGCUGCUUCACCCUUCGGUGAUCUGAAGCCACAUGGGCACUGGGACCACUCACUGAAUAAAGUGAGGGGUCCUCUUCUAGAAGCCACCCUGCCUUUGUUUGGUUAGCACAAGAAGUACUUAGCCCCACGACAGAAUGUGUGUUGAACACAGGGACAUGGUGUGGGUGGACAUGGAGGUCUGGGUAAAGUGACCAGAGCUCCAGCCUGUUCACUUCUGUGGUCCAGCCCUUGCCAUGGCCUAGGCUGGUCCACCUAAAGCCGUCUGUGUUGAACCACAGUCGAGCUUGGAUAAAAGACCACAGGGAAAGGCCCUGACUGCAGGCUGGAAGCUUCAUACUCCCCAUGUUAGGAAGAACUGAGCCUGCUAACUGCCCUGCUGCCCUGCUCUCGGGGAACAAAGUCUCAGAGUGAAGAUGACCCUGAGAAAUGUGUGUACUCGGGCAUGUGUGUAUGUGUAUUCACACACACACACACACACGCACACACGCACGCACGCACGCACGCGCACACACACACCAGAAUAGCCCAUGUAUGGGGCUGGUGGCUAUUGCACCAGGAUAUUCCCUCAAGAUUCUCAGGAAGGAGUCUGUUUCCUCUCCUGCCAGGUCCCCAGAGGAGGCAGGCUCAGCCUCUUGGGCCUCAGGUGACAGGUGAGUGUGACAGGCCCACAAGGCCCCUGUGGCGUCCAACGUCUGGUAGGCACCUGGUUCAGGCACCUUUGUUGUACUCCUUGGCCAGGACCACAGCCACCAACUCUGCUCUGUUUGCCUAGAGCCUCAUCAGGCUCCUCAUGGUCUGGCACUGUGUCCCAGCUCCUGGCUUGCUUCUCUGUGCUCAGUUGCGAAGGAGAUGGGUAGAAGGUGUCCUGAAACAGUAUUUCUCACCACCACCAAAAUCCUACCCUCUCAGUGGGAAACGAGAACUAACGGUUCCUCCUGCAUCCCUGCAGGCAGGCUGCUGUCAACACUGGAACUCAGUAGACUGUCACUCUGUGUGCUUGCUAAAGAGCCCCUGUCACACAACUCACUAAGAGCCAUCACAGAAAAUGGCUUCCCCCUGGUGCUAGGAGACCUUCUAAAUAGUCCGUUUAUUGCAAGCUUUUUGGCCCUUUGAUGUCUCUGUCAGAGCAGGACGCUAUGAGGCCCACCUCAGGGACAGAGUGACCUUCCUGCUGUGACCAGCUACGUGCUGCUGUUACAGGAUCCACUGACUCGCAGGGAGACAUAGGAUAGGGCUAGGUCAGAAGUACUUUUGGGGUGAAAAGAAUGUGGUCUAAUAAGAGGAAGGUCAUGGGGUAUCGAAGCCUGGAAGUGCACAGGCAUUCUGGCCUCACUGGCUGCCUCUUAAGCAGUGUGACCUAAACCAGGUGCUCACUUCCUCCCUGCCCCCUUGCUUCCCCACCCCCAACCUACUGACGGAGCCUGUUGUCAGAGGACAGAGGGUGACAUGUCAACAGUUUUGGCACUGUACCCAUCCUGACCACAUGCUGUGGGAUGCUCAGUCCCAGCAUGGAGACCCAGCAUCAUUUCCCUACUCUCUAGACUUCUGGGGGAUGUGACAAAACCAAGGAGGUAAGCCUGGGGCCAAGCGGCUCACCCAUUUGUCGGCGAGGCUGUUAGCUUUUAAAACUAGACAGGAAGGAAGGUUGAGGUGGAGGACAGGAAGAGCUGAAGACCCGGAGCUGCAGUGACAGUGGGUGGACUCCUGGGGACUGCAGGAUGUGGUGGGUCUGUCACUCCUCACCCUGGCGUGAUCAGUGUGGUAAACUCCCCUGAGCUCUCAGACAAGGUUUCCUCGGCUCCGGACAAACCAAGGUCUCUGCCUCGGCUGGCCUGCCACUGACUACCCAAGGCCUUGAACCAUGACCAUGGCCUCCUGCUCACUGGAGAAUGCAGGCAGAGCUCUUUAGCACCCUGGAGCAGCCACAGUGGCAGGAAGAACUAUAAACUAUGGGCGACUGGUAUCUGCCUAAGAGUCCCCAAGGGACUGCUGUGGCCCCUGUACCCAGUGAGGAGGAACAUCAAUGGGACAGGCCGCAGGAGAGCUUCAAACAAGCAGCCGGCUGUGGCGAAGGAGUGUGAGCAGCUUCUGGCUGCAAACACAAGACUCCAUGAGGAAGCAAGAGGUGUGGACAGACAGAGAGACAUGCUGGGCCAAGAAUGCUGGCUCCCCAGCUGAGCAGGUGAAAACUCUUGUGGAUCUGUUGGCUGGGAAGGGCAGUCAGCUGCUACUGGCCUGUAACAAAAUGCCAGAUUCCCCAGUGGGAUCUCAAAGCAAUGAGUCAAGGCUACAAAAGCACUGUGAGGCUCUGUUGAGCAGGGUGGGAAAUGACCCAGAACUGGGCAGUCCCUCACACCAACUGGCCAGCCUCAUUCUGGUAGAGGGUCUGACAGACCUACAGCUGAAGGAGCAUGACUUCACACAGGUGGAGGCCGCACGUGGGGUCUGGCGCCCUGGCAGAGCCAUCACCCUGGAUAGGCUCUUUUUACCUCUGUCUCGGGUGUCUAUCCCACCUCGGGUGUCUGUCACCAUUGGAGUGGCUGGCGUGGGCAAGACCACGCUAGUGAGGCAUUUUGUUCGUUGCUGGGCCAGAGGACAAGUGGGCAAGGGCUUCUCAUGGGUUCUGCCCUUGACCUUUCGCGAUCUGAAUACCUAUGAGAAACUGUCUGCAGACAAACUCAUCUACUCCAUCUUCUCAAACGCUGGGGAAGCUGGGGCGGUGACAGCUCCAGAUAGAGCCCUCCUGGUCCUGGAUGGCUUGGAUGAGUGUAAGACACCCCUGGAAUUCUCCAAUACCGUGGCCUGCACAGACCCAAAGAAGGAGAUCCAGGUAGACCACCUGAUCACUAACAUUAUCCGAGGCAACCUCUUUCCAGAAAUUUCUGUCUGGAUCACCUCCCGGCCCAGUGCUGCUGGUCAGAUCCCCGGGGGCCUAGUGGACCGGAUGACCGAGAUUCGGGGUCUUACUGAGGAAGAGAUCAAGGUGUGUCUGGAGCAGAUGUUUCCUGAGGACCAGAACCUCUUAGGCCAGGUCCUGAGUCAAGUUCAGGCCAACAGAGGUCUGUAUCUGAUGUGCACCAUACCAGCCUUUUGCAGGCUCACGGGGCUGGCCUUGGGUCACUUGUACCGCACCAGGCUGGCUGUCCAAGAUGCAGAGCUGCCGUUGCCUCAGACCCUGUGUGAGCUCUACUCCUGGUACUUUAGGAUGGCUCUUGGUGGGGAGGGGCAGGAUAAAGGAAAGGUAAGCCCUAGGAUCGAGCAGGUAAUGCAGGGCGCUCGCAAAAUGGUGGGGACACUGGGCCGCCUGGCCUUUCAUGGGCUGGUCAAGAAGAAAUACGUGUUUUAUGAGCAAGACAUGAAGGCGUUUGGAGUGGACCUCGCCUUGCUACAGAGCAGCCUGUGCAGCUGCCUCCUGCAGCGGGAAGAGACCCUGGCCUCCUCAGUAGCUUACUGCUUCACUCACCUGUCUCUGCAAGAAUUCAUGGCGGCUACAUACUACUACAGUGCAUCCAAGAGGGCCAUCUUCGACCUCUUCACUGAGAGUGGCAUGUCCUGGCCCAGGCUGGGCUUCCUCACCCACUUCAGAUGUGCAGUGCAGCGGGCCACACAAGCCAAGGAUGGGAGGCUAGAUGUGUUCCUGCGCUUUCUCUCUGGCCUCUUGUCCCCAAGGGUCAAUGCUCUGCUGGCCGGCUCCCUGCUGGCCCAAGGUGAGCACCAGAGCUACCGGAACCAGGUGGCUGAGGUCCUACAAGGCUUCCUCCAUCCCGACACCGCAGUCUGCGCACGUGCCAUCAACAUCUUGUACUGCCUGAGUGAGCUGCGGCACACGGACCUGGCCCGCAGUGUGGAGGAGGCCAUGCGGAGUGGGACCUUGGCUGGGAUGACCAGUCCGCCACACCGCACUGCCCUGGCCUACCUCCUGCAGAUGUCUGAUAUCUGCUCCUGGGAGGCCGACUUCUCCCUGUGCCUCAGCCAGCGUGUCCUCCAGAGCCUGCUGCCUCAGCUGCUCUAUUGUCAGAGCCUCAGGCUGGACAACAACCAGUUUCAGGACCCUGUGAUGGAGUUGCUGGGCAGUGUGCUGAGUGGGAAGGACUGUCGCAUUCAAAAGAUCAGCCUGGCUGAGAAUCAGAUUGGUAACAAAGGAGCCAGAGGUCUGGCCAGAUCCCUCCUGGUCAACAGAAGCCUUGUCACACUAGACCUUCGGAGUAACAGCAUUGGACCACAGGGGGCUAAGGCUCUGGCAGACGCUCUGAAGAUAAACAGAACUCUCACUUCUCUAAGCCUUCAAAGCAACGUGAUCAAGGAUGAUGGUGUCAUGUACAUGGCUGAGGCCCUGGUCUCCAACCAGAUCAUCUCUACGCUACAGCUACAGAAGAACCUAAUUGGGCCCAGAGGAGCCCAGCAGAUGGCAGAUGCCCUGAAGAAGAACAGGAGUCUGAGAGAACUCAUGUUUUCCAGUAAUACCAUUGGGGACAGAGGUGCCAUGGCCCUGGCUGAGGCCCUGAAGGUGAACCAGGGCCUGGAGAACCUGGACCUACAGAGCAAUGCCAUCAGUAACACGGGAGUGGCAGUGCUGAUGCGAGCCCUCUGCACUAACCAGACACUCUCCAGUCUCAACUUAAGAGAAAACUCCAUCAGCCCAGAGGGAGCCCAGGCCCUCGCUCAAGCUCUCUGCAGGAACACCACUCUGAAGCACUUGGACCUGACAGCUAAUCUCCUCCAUGACCAAGGUGCCCAGGCCAUUGCCACAGCAGUGGGAGAAAACUGCUCCCUCACACACCUUCACCUGCAGUGGAAUUUCAUCCAGGCUGGUGCAGCCAGGGCCCUGGGACAAGCACUCCAGCUGAACAGGACCCUGACUACCUUAGACUUACAGGAGAAUGCCAUAGGGGAUGAGGGCGCUUCCUCAGUGGCCGGCGCACUGAAGGUGAACACAACCCUCACUGCUCUCUACCUACAGGUGGCCUCCAUUGGUAGUCAAGGGGCCCAGGCACUUGGGGAGGCCCUGGCUGUGAACAGAACCUUGGAGAUUCUUGACUUACGAGGAAACGAUGUUGGGGUAGCUGGAGCCAAGGCCUUGGCAAAUGGUCUGAAGUUAAACUCCAGUCUCCGAAGACUCAAUCUCCAAGAGAACUCACUGGGGAUGGACGGGGCCAUAUAUGUUGCCACUGCACUCUCUGAGAACCAUGGUCUGCAUCAUAUUAAUCUCCAGGGAAAUCCCAUUGGGGAAUCUGGUGCCAGGAUGAUCUCACAGGCUAUCGAGAAGAACGCUCCCACAUGCACUGUGGAAAUGUAAGGAGAACAAGUUCCUGGAGGACCAUGCAAGAGACUCAACUGGAAGCUUCCGAUGGAGGACCUCUGGUCUCUGCAAAUCUUCCUGGAAUUGGAAAUGCUGCCGGGCCAGCUCUCAAGCUGGUCUCCAUAGAGGAAGGGAGGGCACUCCAACAGAGUCCACAGGCACCUUUCCUGCCCAGGGUCAGUCAGAGGAAAGUUGGCUACUGUGAUGGGAUAGAGAAGGGAAGGCCCUGCCACCAAGGGGCACUCAGGGGCAAAGUCUCAAAGCUCCACAAAAUAGGAGGCUGGUCCUGGCUGGUCCAGGGCCUUCGCAUGCCCCAACUUAAAAGAACAAAAGGAAACAAAACAGGCAUCAGCCUCUGCAGUGUUCCUGCCCUGUGCACUAACAUGGCCGGCAUCAGCCUCCACAGUCUUCAAGCCCACUAAGCACAUUAGUUUGCCAAAGGUGACAAGGGUCCAUUUUUCCCUUUCUCAAGAGGAGAAAGUUUGGGGUGUGACCAUUAGAUACAUAUGGAGAAAUAUGAGAAAUCUGGGAAGAUAAACAAAGGUUAAUGCUAAGACUCUGGAGUCAGAGGUAAGUCUCCAGGCAAGGCUCUGUGCUCUUCUCUAAGAUCUGUCAGACAUCUACCAUGCCCUGCUGCAGUUGGAGUCCAGCACACUGGUUGCCACUGAGAAUUAACUGUUGAUACCUUGAUGCCAUUAUCCUGAAUUUAAGCUUUCAAAACCUCUACAGUGGCUGUAGCCUCUCCAUGGAGACAAAUGAGCUGUGCUUCCCUGUGGCAAAUUCCUUCCAUUGUCUGAUUGAAACAGGAAAACCUACAUGAACUUCAUAGGUCUCAACUAAGGCUCUGAGAUAAAUGCUUAUAGAGACCACAGGGAAGGCCAGGUGUGGGGGUACAGACCUGCAAUCUCAGGACUUGGGAGGCAGAGGCAGAGAGGCAUCUGCGAGUCUGUGAGUUUGAGACCAGCCUGGUCUACAUAGUAAAUUCCAAGAUAGCCAAAACUACAUGGUGAGAUCCCGUCUUUAAAAAAAAAUAAGUGUGCAGAAGCUGGACACGUAGCACACACCUGCAAUUCUAGUGCUUGAGAGGCCAAGAAAAGAGAAUCAUAAAUUUGAGGCCAGCUUAAACUACAUAGUGAGUUUUAAAACAAACACAUAAAACCACAUACUCAGGAGAGCUGUCAUGGCAGUUGACAGUUGAUGGUGAGAGGUGAUGCUGUUUAUGUAGGAAAAGAGGCAACACAGCAAGGCAAAUGUGGCCUUCACAAAGAGAUUAGACAAGACAGGAAUAGUCUGCAAUCCCAGCGCUCGGUGGAGGCAGGAGGGAGGAUCAGGAGCUCAAUGUUGUCUUCGGAUGCACAAUGAAUUCAAGACCAGUUUGUGCUACAUGAAACCCCACCUCAAGAAAACAAAGGAAAACAAGUGACUAAGUUGGGACAAGUGAACACCAUGUGUGACCGUGGGCCACAGCACUGAUGGAGUAUUUCUGCCAAAAAUGUCUACCUAAGCCUACUUGUAGCUGUAUGGCUGCACAAAAUGCAAACGCAAGGGCCGUCUACAAAGUGGCCCUGCCUACAGGAAGAUGUUACAGCAGUAUAGAGAUUGUUUCAAAUUAAACAGUUGAAAAAGAUCUAACAAUGAAAUACGAGAUCCUUAAUUGUCUCCCAGGCUGGAGCAAAAAUACAGCCUUCAAAGGACAUUACUUGGGAAUGGAAAGUGUGUUCAUUUUGGUUUCGAAGGGUACUGUAUCUGGGUAUAGGAUUCAUCUUUCUUUUGGUAUUUUUGUGAUGUUGCUCUCAGCCUGGUGCUCCGUCUGGCUCAGUGGAGUAGCCUGGGUUCCUUCUCCUGCUCUGCCAAGAGCAGCAGCCACAUGCUGCUCUACUCUUCUGACUUACAUUGUUUCUGGCUGAAGCUUUCAGGACAGCAGUCAGCCAGCAAUCAAAUGCCAGGCAAGCUGUACCGUAUAGAAGCCUGGUAUGUUGGUGUGAGGGCAAACAUUGUAAGGAAGAAGGGUGCUUGCUCUCUAAGGAUCCUGAGAGCAAGUCCCACCAGACCUAGAAGGGCCCCCUUUCCAGAAAGUCUGUCCAGAGUCUGCUAUUGAGGCUUCCCAGAUGUCUGGCUGGCAAGGUCUAGCUGCAUCACAAGCCAAAGUGUGAGUCUGGGACUGAGGUAAACUGCUGACUGGGACAGUGGUUUGGCUUUCUUCCUGUUCAUUUUGUUUGAUUUAUUCUGGACACUUUCUGUUGCUGUCUUCUGCCUUUCCCCUGAAGCACAUCCUCUGCUAAGUGCAGGUUACUACUUUCCAUCUCAGACUUCUUUCCACACCACUGAACAACCUGUCAUUCACUCUGGUCUCUGCUGUGGUCCUCGAUGGCCUCCUGUGUUUACCCACUAUAAAAAUUUUCUCCACUUCCUCCCCCCCCUCCCCCGCUUCUCUUCAUUCUUCCCUCUGUCUCCCUUCCUCCCUCUGGUUUUACCAGAUUCCAGGAGUACAUAGAUAAGUGUGUUCUGUCCAUAGGUUUAUCUAGAGCGCUCCCAUGGUUGUGCAUCUGUCAGUCAUGACUAGACAUAUAUAUUAUACAUGUGUCACUACUUCCAGAGUCCUCAAUACUUGCUAUUUGUACCUCCUGAUUGGUUGAGGUACUCAACUCGGAUGCCUCACAGAGCUCUAAGCACUUUUCAGUACAACCUUCCCAUAAUGAGUAGUCCCCAGAGCCUUUUUAUCCUCCCAAUAUCCCUUUAGACACUUGAAUAUAGUUGAAGGCCACCACCUGAGCUCUUCCUAUAACACUAAGCCUUGGCUGGCCCAGAGCUUUCUAUGCAGACUAGACUGGCCUUGAGCUCGCCUGGCCCUGUCUUCAGAGUGCUGGGAUUAAAGGUGUGCAGUAUCAUGCUCAGCCCAGUGAUCUUUUCUUCUCCUUCCUUUCUUUCUGUGGUGGUUUGAAUGUUUGGCCCAGGGAGUGGCACUAUUAGGUGUGACCUUGUUGAAGGAAGUAUGUCACCGUGGGGGUGGGCUUUCAGAUCCUCCUCCUAGCUGCCUGAAGGCAGUCUCCUUCCGCUCUCUUUAGAUGAAGAUGUAGAACUCUCAGCUCCUUCUCCAGCACCAUGUCUAUCUGCACACUGCCAUGCUUCCUGAUGUGACUGAACCUCUGAACCUGUAGGCUUGCCCCAGUAAAAAUGUUUGCCUUUAUGUCUCUCUUCAUCAAUAAAACCCUAACUAAGACUUUCCUUUCCCUUUUUGCUUCUCAAGAUAGGUUUUCUGUGUGGCCCUAGCUUCCUGGAGCUUAAUCUGUAGACCAGGCUGGCCUUGAACUCAGAGGUCUGCCUGCCUAUGCCUCCUAGUGCUAAGAUUAAAGGCGUGAGCCACUGCCGCCUAGGCUGAGUGAUUUUUUUUUUUUCUCCCUAUCUCUUGAGGUGGCCACUCUUGAGCAAAACCCAGCCAAUUCCUUAGCAAAACACAGGAAGCCCAUUUUGCUGUUCCCUUAUUACAUACCAAGCAUUUCAGUCUAUGUGCCUGUCAUUUCAGACCUUGGACACCUCUAGCUUCUGUUGUUCUGAUUUGUGCAUCUGUGUGAGGGUACAAGCUUGUGAGUACAGGUGCCCAAGGAAGCUACCAGAAUGUACCAGAGGCCCUGGAACUGGAGCUAAUAGUUGGCUGUGGGUCACCUCGUGUGGUGGG